AUAUGUUUUGUAAUUAUUAUUAUUUCUGCCAUUGUUAACAUUAAACUGUAUACAUUAUUCCAUAAAUUAUAUAUCUACAAGCAAGUAUAUUUCUCUGAAGAUGACAGUUUCCGAAAAGGAGGUGUACGCAUAUGAAAACGGUCUUCUUGUCGAUAUCUAUGCUCAUACCUAUCUAUGAUGAAAAUUUCCGACAUCAGUUACUUCCGUGUAGUAAGACCAUAAUAAUCAAACGACACUGCAUACACCAAAUUGUAGAUUUGCACGAAGCAAUCAUCGGACCUCUUGCUGCUCUCCUCGUAAUCGACAGCCAACGAGAAGUAGAUAUCCAAACAAACUUGUUAUCAUUCUUAUAUGUAAUGGAAUUAAUAUGAUAAAUCAAUUUGCAAAUGAAAAGCAACCCAAUUCUCAAAAUAGGUGUAAAGGUGGAUUUAUAAACUUGACGUUCGCAGUUGCAGUUCAGUUGCCGUUCGUCGUUUAAUGUUAACCUAAAGUAACUAUAUGGCGCUAUUUAUAAACAUCGUUGCCGCUGCAGUUGCAGUUUCGGAUAACGUUCCUGCCGUUCAAGACAUGACCAUCUUUUAAGUUCGUCGUUCGCCGUUCAACAUCCAGCCAAUAAGAUGCUUCCAAAAAUUGACAUUCUCUAACCCGUUCUGACCUACUUUAUAACGGUGUACAAGAACUACACUACAGUGUAUUCAGUAUUGUCAUUUAUCAUGUAUAUAUAAAUAGAGAAGUUUGAUUGUUUAUUUAAUUAUUUAUUUAAUUAAUUCCAAUGGGAGACGCAGACCAAACCGACGUUACAGGUCUUCUAAUUGAAUUAAUUCAAAAUUAUGAAUUUUUGUAUGAUCUCUCCCACAAAGAGUACAAAAACGCAAAAAAAAAGGAAGAUGCAUGGAAGGAGAUUUCAGAAAUAACCAGAUGCAGUGUGGAAGAUUGUAUGAAGCUGUGGAAGAACGUACGAGACCGGUUUACCCGAGAGAAAAGAUUAAAACCAUCUGGCUCAGGAGGAGGCGACACCAAUUGGGUGUACUCUGAAAAGAUGUCGUUUUACAGUAAAUGUACCCGGCCCAGAAAAACGCAUACUGCAACAGUCGCAGUGGUCCAUGACGGAUCUCCCUCUUCAUCCCGAACAUCGUCCCGAUCGUCAGGGUGGUCCGGGAUCGAGACAAUUUUAUCACCGCAAUCGGAGGGCGACAUUGAGGAGAUUAUGGAACAAACCAUUACUCCGGAAAGAGGAGCAGAAGCUAGUGGGACCUCGAGCCAUGCAUCUGAAACUCGACAAAGCCAAAAAGGCAGUAAAUCGAAACGAAGCCUGGAAUUCGAUGAGGUGAUAAAUACAGCGAAACAAAUUGCUAGUACUCUUCAGGCGAAGGCAGCUGCACCACCACCUGAACAAAACCGGACCUUUACAGAGUAUGUUUUUACUCGUUUAAUGGAGAUGCCUCCCGAAGAGGCCAAAGAAAAACGAAAAAAAAUGUUAAAAAUUUUAGAGGAUUUAGAUUAAUUUAUUAUUGGUGUAAAUAGGUAGAAUAGUAUAAAACAUAGUUUAAGCUUAAGAUUAAGAAUUUAUAAUAUUAGAUGUAGUACAAAAAGUAAAAAAAAAAUUAAAUAACUAACAAUAAAUUACUUAAGUAACA